AUGCUCAGAAUAACUCUGACCGCUGUAGAAGUCACGAGCCCGGACACCAUAGUUCUGGCACCCGACUUCCCUAUUCCUCAACCAGACUUACUAUGCGAAGGACCGCCAGUCGAUGCUACCAGGGGGGUAAGAUUCGAUCUAAGCAUUGAUGUCAACAACGAAACAGGAUGCCCCAUUUACCGAGACCCCAGAGAUCGUGGCGUGAAUUCCCAAGUCCUGGUCAGAGAUAACGCCAACGUAACUCUGUCAAAAGUAAUGUGUUUCGGCGUCAAACCGACCGGCCACAAUAUAGAGGACCUUGCACGAAUCGAGCUUGUCGAUCUCGCUAUACACGAGACAGGCUACUACCAACUACAUAUAUACUUCGAAGCGGUCUAUUGUAAAAAGAAGCGAGAAAUUGCAGAGACGCUAGCCAAGCUGGUCACUCGCGAGAUUCGAGUAUACAAAUGA